AUGGACGUGCAGGAUAUCAUAACACACACAGCGGACAUCACCCUGGACGAUGAAGAACAGGGAAUCCGCUUCGAGGAUGAGGAGUUCGGCGUCCAAGCUCUACCGGCGGCGAAGUCGACUUGGACCAUUGUAGGCCGUUUUCUGACGGAUCGGAACCUCAAGACCGAGGUCAUGAAACGCGUUAUGGCUUCGGCAUGGAAGCCUCUGAUGGGCAUUGAGAUAACGGAUGUGCAGGCCAAUUUGUUCUUGUUUACCUUCUUUGAUGAACCGGACAUGAGACGGGUUAUCGAUGAGGGACCUUGGGCGUUUGAGAAUGCGACGCUGCUAUGCCAAGUCCUGAAGGAGGGUGAAGAUCCGUUACAGGUUAGUCUGAAUACGGUGGACUUAUGGGUACAGGUUUCGGACAUUCCACAGGGAUACCGUACGGCUAAAGUGCUGGAGAGAAUUGGGGAUUAUGUUGGGGUUUUCUUGCGCUAUGAUGAACGAAAUUUUGAGAGGCAAUGGACUUCCUUCUAUAGGGUUAGAGUCACCCACGAUGUCUCAAAUCCUCUAAAGCGACGAAUGAAGAUGAUUCUGAGAGAUGGUUCCUGGACAUGGAUAAAUUUUAAAUAUGAGCGCCUCCACAUGUUUUGCUUUUUCUGUGGAAAGAUGGGCCACACGGAUAAAUUUUGCUUGCAAGCUCGCCGUUCGUUGUUACGACCGGAACAAUAUCCGUUUGGUGUGUCGAUGAGGGCGGGGGGUACGGGUCCGGCGAAGACAUUGGGGGAAAAAUGGUUUCAACUAGGCCAAGAGAGGAGGCGUGAGAUUGGCUAUGGGAGUGAGGGAGGGGGAAUGGCGGUGGCUGCUGGGGUUGGGAGGGGUGGACUGUCUCGGGUGGAGGGGGCUACGGCCACGGGUGGGGUGGGUUCGGAUGCUGGAGAUGUGGAGGGGAUGGGCGGUGAGGGCGUUGGGGGUGAGGGCGUGGGAGUUCGGGUAGAUCCCAAAAGGAGGAGGACGGACAGAGGGGAGGUGAAUGCUGUGAAUGGAGACAUGGUUGUUGAUUCUGAAUCUUUUUUGGCGGGACCUGUGGAUCAGACAGUUCGCGAGAUUGAGGGCAUGGUGUCCUCGAAGAAACCCGACUUUGUAUUUCUCAUAGAAACCAAGGUUGAUCGUGAUCAUGCGGAGCGUCUUCGGGUUAAGCUUGGUUUUGAUGGCCUUUUUUGUACUAAUAGUUCUGGUUUGAGUGGUGGAAUGGCUCUAUUGUGGAGAACGAAUAAUACAGCGAGAUUGAUUAGUUACUCUACAAACUAUGUGGAUGUUGAGGUGACUAUGCCGGGGUUUGAGAAGUGGAGAAUGACUGGCUUUUAUGGUUUUUCACAGAGGGGUCAAAGGAGAGAUUCGUGGGAUCUUAUUCGUACCUUAGCUGGCAAAUCGAAUCUACCGUGGGUGAUGAUUGGUGAUUUUAAUGAUUUACUUUAUCAAGCUGAGAAACGAGGUGGAAACCCCCAUCCUCUGAGCUUAUUGCAUGGAUUUGGUGAGACUAUAGAGGAGUGUGGAUUAGCACAGAUGCCAAUGAUGGGAUAUCCAUUUACCUGGGAAAAAGGAAAAGGCACACCGAAUUGGAUUGAAGAAAGAUUGGACAAGGUUUUGACUAGUCAGAGUUGGCGUGACAUUGUGCCGGAUGCUAGUGUGCAAAAUAUAUUGACCCGAAAGUCAGAUCAUUCCGCUCUUUUCCUUGGGAUUCUGAAUCUUCGGGAAAGGAUGGGUGGUCUGAGAAGAGGGUUCCGUUUUGAGAUGGCAUGGCUGCAUGAUGAAGGAUGUAGGGAUGUGGUGGAGAAGGCGUGGGAUGAAGGUGCUGGUAGGGGAUUGCAGGAAUGUAUCUCUAUUUGUGGAAAUCGAUUGUCGCGUUGGGGAGGAGAGCGUUUUCAUAAGUUUGGGGAACGGAUCAGAAACCUGCGGAAGGAGCAAUUGCGCCUCAGGGGGUGUAAUGAUCCGAGCUCUUUAGCUGAGUUCCAACGUUUGGAGGAGUGCCUAUGUCGUAUUGAGGCCCAGGAGGAUACAUACUGGAGGCAGAGGGCCAAGCAGCAUUGGCUUAAGAACGCGGAUGCUAACACAAAAUACUACCACAGUGGGGAUUGGGUGGAGGGUGAUGCCAUGAGGAAUGUUAUCUACAAUUAUUAUAAGACUAUCUUUACAUCUGGCCCUCCAAGUGAUAGUGGGGAUUUCUUUAGAAAUAUAGCAUCUCGGGUAACACAGGUUCAGAAUGAGUUGUUAUUGCGGCCCUUUGAUGCUAGUGAGGUUAAGAGUGCUCUGUUUUCAAUGUUUCCUAACAAAGCACCAGGACCGGAUGGAAUGAAUCCAGGUUUCUACCAGCACUUCUGGGAUGUAGUGGGUGGUGAUGUAUCAGCAUAUAUUGUGGAUUGUCUUAAUAAUCGCUCGUUUCCAGCUCGCCUGAAUGAUACGAAUAUAAUAUUGAUCCCUAAGAAGAAAACCCCAGAGAUGGUCUCGGAUUACAGACCUAUAGCACUGAGUAACGUGGUGUACAGGAUUAUGGCUAAGGUUAUAACUGCCAGGAUGAAACCACUUAUGGGAGAUAUUAUAUCUGACACCCAAAGUGCUUUUAUUUCUGACAGGCUAAUAACGGAUAAUAUUUUGAUUGCUGCAGAGGUGGGGCAUUUUUUGAACAGAAAACAAUGUGGAAUCACAGGAUGGGGGGCUUUGAAACUGGAUAUGGCAAAAGCCUAUGAUCGAAUGGAGUGGCCAUUCUUGCGUAGUAUGAUGUUAGCAUUGGGUUUUGAUGAAAGGUGGGUGGAUUUGAUAAUGCUGUGUGUGACCUCAGUUUCAUAUACUAUUCAGAUUGGUGGGACUUGUAGUGACCAGAUCAUGCCGACCCGUGGAUUGAGACAGGGUGACCCACUAUCACCUUAUCUCUUUAUUAUUUGUGCGGAGGGACUUUCAUUGCUAUUACAGCAGGCACAAUUGAGAGGAGAUCUACAUGGGUGCAGAGUAGCUAGGGGAGCCCCCCCUAUAUCCCACUUGUUUUUUGCAGAUGAUAGCUUACUCUUUUUUAGAGCAACAGCGCAGGAAGCCAGUGUGGUAAAACAGUGUUUAGCGGCUUAUGAGGAAAUGUCUGGGCAAGCAGUGAAUUACUAUAAGUCAAGUAUUUGCUAUAGUAAGAAUACGCGGGAUGAGCAGAGAGGGGAGGUUGCCGAUAUAUUGGGAGUGGUUCAGGCGCCGAAUUUUGGGAAGUAUUUAGGACUUCCAUCGUUUGUGGGCAGGAAUAGGAGAGCAGUAUUCUCUUACAUUGAUGACAAGAUCAGGCAGCAGAUUGGGUCCUGGAAUAAAAAACUGCUUUCACAGGCAGGUAAGGAGGUCUUAUUGAAAAGUGUGGCACAGUCUAUGCCCACCUUUUCUAUGAGUGUCUUUUUACUACCUUUGAAUACUUGCACGGCCAUUGAGAGAGCUAUGAAUCGUUACUGGUGGAGAGCUAAGGAUGAUCAGGGCAUCCAUUGGAAGGCAUGGGAUAAAUUAUGCAUCCCCAAGAAAUAUGGAGGAUUGGGCUUUAAGGAGUUGCAUGCCUUUAAUUUAGCUAUGUUGGGAAAGCAGGCCUGGCGUUUGCUCACCAAACCUGAAACGCUAGUUUCUAAAAUAUAUAAAGCCAGACGCAGAAUUGGGAAUGGAAAAGAAACUCUUAUAUGGGAGCAUCCAUGGCUCCAGGAUGAUAAUAAUGCGGAAAUAAUCACUGACAAACCACCAUAUUUGGCGCAGGCAACUGUGAUGGGAUUAAUAGACCAGGAGACGGCGACCUGGGACCAUGAAAUUUUAAAUGAUAUUUUUAUUCCGGAGAAUGUGAUGCGAAUAUUGAAAAUACCUGUGUCACCAGACUAUGAGGAUAUGUGGUAUUGGCAUGGUGAUGUAACCGGAGAAUACUCGGUAAAAAGCGGCUACAGGCAAGUGGUGGGAGAUUAUGUACACACCACAGGAAUGUUUGAUAAAUGGCCCAAAUUAUGGAAACUCAAAGUACCCCCGAGAUGGAAAACUUUCUUAUGGAGAGCCUUGAAUAAUAUAUUGCCCACCACAACGAACCUCAUUAUAAAGAGAGUGGAGAUUAGCCCAACAUGUGCUAUGUGUGGGAUUAUGCAUGAGAAUGUUAUGCACUCUUUGGUUGAAUGUGAUUAUACAAGGAACAUUUGGGCACAAUCUCACCUUCCAAUCCCCAAUACUAUCACAGAUAUUUUUCAUGUUUGGUUUAAUGAAGUAUUAAAUAUUCUAGAUGAUGAUGGAAUUAUUUAUGCAGUAGGCCUGCUAUACUAUAUAUGGCGAGCAAGGAAUGGAGCUGUGUGGGAUGCAUACUUGCCCAGACCACAAAGGAUAAUUGCAACCGUAGCCGCAGCGAUCCGGGCGUGGCGAAUUGCACACCCGGACCGCCCGCAACGCCUGCAUGCUCAGCGUGGAUCCACCACGACAACUGCCGAGCAGCGGCAGGAAACGGCACUGCCGCAUGCCCACAUACCGCCCACAAUCCACACGGCUGCCCUCUCACGGAAGAAAUGCUACAUUGAUGCAGCCUUUGUCCAUGCCACAAGUAAAGCCGCUGUUGGGGCAAUACUACUAGACGAACAGGGAUUGUAUAUCACAGCUCUACAGGCGCCUUUGGUAAACUGUUUCUCCCCGUUUAUGGCAGAAGCAAUUGCGUGCAAGGAAGUACUAUCUUGGUUAUGGGAUCGUGGAGAGAGGUCGGUAGACAUACUAACGGAUUGUUUGUCACUACAACAGUACUUGUCACAAGCAAAGGGUACACCACGUUCGUACCUCGGCUAUGCCAUUGAUGCCUGCAGAAACCGGAUGGUUUCCUUUAAUUAUGUUUCAGUUAAUUAUGUUCCUAGAUCAGAUAAUCGUUUAGCACACAUUUUAGCCACUUCGGCCUUUAGUUAUUCAGCACCGAUGUACUCGGACAAUGGUCCGCCAGACACUAUUUCAGCAUACUUUCAAUAA